AUGGUAUCAGCUUUAGAAUUCUAUACCUAUGGAUUGAUAAUUUAUAUCCCUACUGCUUUUAUCCUUUCAUUUCUAUUUUCGCUUUGCAAGGCAUCAGCCCGAGUUGAAGAACCAGUGAUUGUUGAAGAAGUUAAAGAAAACCCUAAAGAAAAAAUUCCUAAGGGCAAAAAAGGAAAAAUUAUCCCACCCGGGAAAGUAGCGUUAUGCAAGUGUUGUAAUAGAUACCUCACAACUGAUCCAAAACUCGUCAGCCAUGAAGAAGGUCAAAAGCAUAAACAAAAAGCUGCUGGAUUUCCAUUUAAAGGAGAAUGGUAUUCUAUUGUAGAUGAAGAAAAAAUGAAGCAAGCACAAGCUCCUCAGCCAAAAGCAGCCGAUAAUAAAAAAUCUAGAUAA